AUGAAUCUACCCUCUGUAGAAAUUUCCAAAGAAGAUUACAGAAGGGCGGCAACACCAUAUGACGAUGACCCUCUGGUUAUAGAGAUUAAGGUGGCUAAUUUCAAAGUGAAGAGAAAAUUAAAGCACGAUCCUGAAGCCAUAGAAAAGGUAUUCGGGCCCUUGGUAGGAUUCGGAGGGAGCAUCGUUCGUCCAAUUGGAUCCAUCUUACUCCCGGCCUCCAUAGGGAUUCCCCCAGUGACCAAAGAAGGUGUCAUCCGGUUUAUAAUUGUAGCAAACCUCACCGCAUUCAACAUCAUACUCGAUCGUCCAACACUCAACGACCUAAGAGCUGUGAUCGUUCCUCAUUUACUACUGGUCAAAUUUGUAGGAAGUAACGGACGCGUUGGGUCCCUCUAUGGAAAUCAACAGUUGGCCAGGGAUUGUUACUUAUCGACAUUAGAGCCACCGGCCUGGGGAGCCUCUCCGAGGGAAAACGAGCAAGCUAAACCUCUGGCAAGCCGUCGUAAAACCCGAGAGGCACCAACGGAGCACAAUGAAGAAAGACGACCUGAGCCAGUGGGAGCACACUAUGCUAUAAUUCUGGACUUAGCAGACCCGUCUCGAACGGUCCCCAUUGGGAUUCCCCCUGGCGACCCCAUGUCAACAGCAUUAGUGCAACUUCUCCGAGAAUACAAAGAAAUAUUUGCCUUCACGGUAGAGGAGAUGCUAGGCAUUGAUCCGACGGUAGCCGUGCACAAGCUAAAUGUGGAUAGUGCUAUAAAGCCAGUACGCCAGAAGAAAAGGAAUUAUGGAGAAGCAAGAAAUUUGGCCGCCGCUGCUGAGGUUAAAAAGCUAAUGGACGCAGGCUUCAUACGUCCAUGUCAGUAUCCAGACUGGGUAGCUAAUGUAGUACUGGUACCCAAGCCCAAUGGGACAUGGAGGAUGUGUGUUGAUUACACCGAUCUCAACAGAGCCUGCCCCAAGGACAGUUUCCCACUACCGAAGAUAGAUCGACUCGUCGACUCAACGGUCGGACAUGCCAUGAUGAGCUUCAUGGACGCUUACUCCAGAUUUCACCAGAUCCCACUGUGGCCCGAAGAUCAGGAGAAGACGUCAUUUGUCACGGAACAAGGACUCCACCUUCCAACGGUUGGUGAACACGGUUUUCGCGAAGCAACUGGGAAGGAAUAUAGAAGCCUAUAUCGAUGA